CCUUCCAGUUUGUAAAGAGAACUAGGGGAAGAUAAAACUGGACUUCUGGAGAGACGAGUUUCAUGCUGUGUGGGACUUCUCAGCUAUCUGCAGUAGGCAACAUGUCUUUGGCACUACUUUCUGUCCUCUGGCUCAUCAUUCAAACUCAAGCAAUAGCCAUAAAUCAAACAUCUGAAUUAGAGCUCUAUGAAGUAGUUCAUCCUAAAAAACUACACAUUUUACACAAAAGGGAAAUACGGAACAACCAAACAGAGAAUGGCAAAGAGGAAAGAUAUGAACCUGAACUUCAGUAUCAGAUAACAUUAAAUGGAGAAGAAGUUGUUCUUCACCUGCAAAAAAGCAAACACAUCCUGAGGCCAGACUACUCUGAAACAUAUUACACACCCAGAGGAGAGGAAAUCACUACAGACCCUCAGAACAUGGAACAUUGCUUCUAUAAAGGACACAUACUAAAUGAAAAGGGUUCUGUUGCCAGCAUCAGUACUUGUAAUGGGUUGAGGGGAUAUUUUACACAUCAUGACCAAAGAUACAUGAUAAAGCCUCUGAAAAGCACAGACCAAGAAGAGCAUGCUGUCCUCACGUAUAACCAGGAGGAGCCAGACCUGGCUAAUUAUACUUGUGGUGUAAGAAGUGUUGGCAGGAAACAAGGCCAUAUUCGAACCUCCAGGUCACUCAAUAGCCCAGAAGAAAAAAACUAUCUUCAGGCUGAGAAAUACAUUGAUCUCUUGUUGGUGCUGGAUAAUGCCUUUUAUAACAUGUAUAAGGGGAAUCUAACUUUGAUAAGAAGCUUUGUGUUUGAUGUGAUGAACCUACUCAAUGUGAUUUAUAAUACCAUAGAUGUUCAAGUGGCAUUGGUAGGUAUGGAAAUCUGGUCAGAUGGUGAUAAGAUCAAGAUAGUACCCAACAUCGGUGAUACCUUUAACAACUUUCUGAACUGGCAUCGUUCUAACCUGGGGAAAAUGAAGAGACACGACCAUGCACAGUUACUCAGUGGAAUUGGCUUCAGCAAUCGACGUGUAGGAAUGGCAGCCUCGAAUUCCUUGUGUUCCUCAGCUUCGGUUGCUGUCAUUGAGGCUAGCAAAAAGAAUAAUGUGGCUCUUGUAGGAGUGAUGUCUCAUGAGUUGGGUCAUGUCCUUGGUAUGCCUGAUGUUCCAUAUUAUACCAAGUGUCCCUCAGGGAGUUGUGUGAUGAAUGAAUAUCUGAGUUCAAAAUUCCCAAAGGAUUUCAGUAUAUCCUGCCGUUCACAUUUUGAGAAAUACAUUUUAUCUCAAAAACCAAAGUGCCUCCUGCAAGCACCAACUCCUAAAAAUAUAAUAACAAACUCAGUGUGCGGGAACAAACUUCUGGAAGCAGGAGAAGACUGUGAUUGUGGUUCUCCUAAGGAAUGUUCCAAUCUUUGCUGUGAGGCUGUGACGUGUACAUUAAAACCUGAA